AUGGAUUCAUUACAACCUGUUAUAGAAAGUUAUCCAAAAUUAACUAUAGAUAAACAAAUAAGUUCUAGUUACGUCGAAAUAUACACAAAGAAAAAUAAUGAGAUUGCAAUAGUUUAUGUCAAAACGAAAGCAAGUAGUGCAUCAGAUAAUUUUAAAAAUAACAAAAAUGAAAGUGAGGAGCUUGAGUUAACAGGCUCACCAUUAAAAUUAGAUCUAAGUUUACAUGCUAUAUUAGAUGAAACGGUUCUUCCUGAUGAACCACAGCUUUGGAGAAAGGAAGAAAUUGCUCAUGGUCCAGUAAAUAUUGAAACAGCCAGAGAAAUAGCAAAUCUGUACAACAAAACCCUAUCUAUAUUGCCGAAAGAAGAUGCAAUACCUAUGUGGAUACUCUGUAAUCCAAGUAAUGAAGGCAGGCCUUUAUUGCUCACAGUACAGUCUAAUGAGGCCUGUUUUGCAAGAGGUAUAGUUACUUAUGAAGGUUCAAUGGCCCUGGAAGAGGCUGAUGUGGAACAAUUUGUUAGUGAUUUUGCAAAUUAUGAAGAUAUAAGUGAAGACAUGGUGAAAGUGGCAGUGGAUUGCAAAUAUUCAAUUGCUGGAAUGUCAUAUGGCUCACUUACAAUGGAAGAACAUUUGAAUGCCCCACACGGUGGUAUCACUGAACUGUAUUGUGAAUGGACUUCUAAAACUUUGCUUACUCCUUUCAUAAGUUGCAAAGUACAUUUUGAGCAAGAAGUAACUGUUGGUCAUUUAUUAAGUCCCUGCAAUGCUAUAUGGAAGUCCGUGUCUGCACUUCACAACAUCAACCAAUUGUUAGUGGACAUGACUGCAGCUGGAGUUAGUUCCAUACAAUUAGAAACUGCGAUUAUUAGAAACCUAAUACCAGGCAUGAAGAAACAAAACAAUUCUAAACGGCUAACAGAUUUGCUGAAUGAAACAGAAACCUAUACAUACACAGCAGAGUGUCCCGCGGGCGGUUGCAUUUGUAUAACGGAUGACACUUCCAAUUUAAAACAAGCUAUGGCUAUGAUGUCUAAUCAUGGAUCCAGUAAUGAUUUUACAUAUAAAUUAUGGGAUAUAUUACGAGAUUGUGAAACUGCUGAGGAAUUAAUAACAUUACUUAUUCAGGCUCUUAAAUUCAUAUCUUCUGGCAAAAUUCGUCCAUUUAUUGACGUUAACAACAAAACAUAUCUAUCUAAACUAGUUCUAAAGCUAUCUAGAGGUCAUUCGCAAACUGCUAAGGUAUUAAAAAACCUGUUGUCGAGUCCACCUCAAGCGUUAUCUUUGGUAGCUCAAGUGGGUAUCGAGAAAAGUGUAUGGGAAUAUACAAGGAUCAUGUCUUUAUUUGUACAUUCGUUCUUUGUUGCUGGUAUUUGGAAUGCUGAUUCAAGAUCUCAUGAAUCAAUAGAACAAAUAAACCAAACAAUACAAGAUAUGACUAUGGGAGGUGACUUCAAUUUAAACCCCUUUGAAGCUAUAGCGACUUCAGACCAUUCCAUACGUUUCGACACUGACUCCAUUUGUAUAGAAGAUGGCAACGAAUUAACUGUCGACGAUUUUGCAUCUUUGAAGAAACAUGGUCUUGUUAAUGACAAGAAAGAUGUUAAUGAGGUACCAUUAAUAGCAGAUGAAAUAGACAUUGGCCCGUGGAAGAAUAUCCUAACUAAGUUCGCUCAACUACACGUUUGUUUGGAACAUUUGUACCGCGCUGAGACUUGUUUAAGAGCUGAUUUUGCUCAAUUAAAGCCCAUGGCGUCGAAGCUUCUAGAAUAUUAUGUAUCAGAAAAAUCACCGAUAAAGACAGUUGGGCAGCUACUAAGCGAUCCGGUACAAAAAAUAUGUAUACCAAUAGCAAAUAAUGUCGUACAAGAUCAAUUGAAAAAGCCCGCGCUGUGGUAUCGAAUGGAACUUACUAAAAAGGAGACUAAGGAAAAUCCAAUAAGAACACAAACUACUACAUACGUUUUCUCACAACUACCAGUAUUUCCACCGCAAGUGUGGCAGAUCUUAGAACCGCCUACAGAAGAAGUGGCUGAAGUAACAACGGUCGGAGAAUUAAAGUAUCACUGCACUAAAUAUACAUAUUUAAGUAAUAAAUUAUCGAGGAAAUUAGAUCUUUUAGAU